AGGGGUAUGGCUGCAAUUUCCCCUUCACUAGAUGUAAGCCGAGAAAACCUGGAAUGUUAUUACAAAACGCACAUCCGUAGGUCAAGUAAACGGCAAAAAAUCCGGUACCGGAAACUCUCACCAGCGUCAUCGCCGUCGCCGUCGUCGUCCCUAGAACUAAAAAUGGUGGGUGGCCGAGUUGCGCAUCCUGUCUUGAAAGGCCCUAGUGUGGUUAAAGAACUGAUCAUCGGGUCAGUGCUUGGGUUAGCCGCAGGUGGUUUAUGGAAAAUGCACCACUGGAACGAGCAGAGAAAAACAAGGGCGUUUUAUGAUCUUCUAGAGAAGGGCGAGAUCAGCGUGGUUGUACAAGAAUGAACCGAAAACAUGAACAGUUUCAUCUCCUAAUGUUUAAUUCCGACGCUUAAAUCAGAGAUAAUGAUACUCUGGAAACUAUUCGAAUAAGUUUUUGUAUUGGAUUUGUGAUGUUUCUUGAUUCAUAUUGUUAAAGUUGCUAUUGUUAAAUUCGCUUCAUUUGCCUUUAUAUAGGCAAACAAUAAAACGACUUAAUUUCUGCCAA